AUGACGCCAUUCAUCGCACCGCCCUUCGCCACACGUCUCAGGUUCCUACCGUUGCUGGUUUCCCUCCUGCUCCUCCUCCCUAGUGAACCCUCUCUGGCUAAUUCUGACGUGGCGCGACGUUCCGACGUGGCGGCUAGUCACUACGAACCACAGAAGCGGCGAUCGCUGCUAUUCAGUCGCUGCUCCAAGUCGGGGAUUCCAGGCUUCACUUCCUCCAAGCGCCUCGCAGGCGGCCUCUUCCUUCAUUGGAGGGCCACCACAGGGGGCAGCAAGAAGGUGAAACUCGCGCUGCUGGCAACGACUGGGUCUCUUGCCGCCCACGGAUGGUUCUCUGCCGGCUGGUCGCCGGGCGGCAAGAUGGGCGGCAGCAAUGUGAUUGUGAUGGAUUCGCCAUCCAGCCCUCCUGUGACUGCUGAUCUGGUUGGCCAUGCUGUCAGUGGUAGCCCUGCCACGUGGACUGCUGCGGAUACGAGCAUCACGAAAAAUAAUAUGGGCAUUAUCAUGAGGUUCAGCCGGGCUAAGGGGGACGCAGGGGUGCCUGUGAAGCUUCAAGGAAGGACCCACAUCGUGUGGGCGUUUGGUCUUGGGGCUUGGAGUCCAAGCGGACCGCAUGUGACCAGAGGUGCUACAUUGGUGAAUUUCUCCUGUGACUGCAGGGGCAUGUCAAGGAUUUUUUGCUAA